CAGUUCUCGUGAGCGGCCGGUUCGCCUCCUGGCCGGGAACCCCGCUCGCCGCCACCAUGCCGACGGUGGUGGUGAUGGACGUGUCGCUGUCCAUGACCCGGCCCGUGUCCAUCGAGGGCUCUGAGGAGUACCAGCGCAAGCACCUGGCGGCCCACGGCCUGACCAUGCUCUUCGAGCACAUGGCCACCACCUACAAGCUGGAGUUCACGGCCCUGGUGGUGUUCUCCUCGCUCUGGGAGCUGAUGGUCCCGUUCACGAGAGACUACAACACCCUGCAGGAAGCGCUGAGUAACAUGGACGACUAUGACAAGACCUGCCUGGAGUCGGCGCUGGUUGGCGUGUGCAGUGUCGUCCAGCAGGAGUGGGGCGGCUCCAUCCCCUGCCAGGUGGUCCUGGUGACGGACGGCUGUCUCGGCAUCGGGAGAGGCUCCCUGCGACACUCCCUGGCGUCCCACGGCCAGCGAAGCGAGAGCAGCCGGUUCCCUCUGCCCUUCCCCUUCCCGUCGAAGCUGUACAUCAUGUGCAUGGCCAACCUAGAGGAGCUUCAGAGCACCAACUCCUUGGACUGCCUGGAGCGCCUCAUUGACCUGAACAACGGCGAGGGGCAGAUCUUCACGAUCGACGGACCCCUGUGCUUGAAGAACGUCCAGUCCAUGUUUGGGAAGCUGAUAGACUUGGCGUACACACCCUUCCACGCCGUGCUCAAGUGCGGCCACCUGGCAGCUGACGUGCAGGUCUUCCCCAGGCCGGAGCCAUUCGUGAUCGAUGAGGAGAUCGAUCCUGUCCCGAAGGUCAUCAGCACAGACUUGGAGAUAGUGGGGUUCAUUGACAUCGCUGAUAUUUCAAGCCCCCCCGUUCUGUCCAGACACCUGGUACUGCCUAUAGCACUUAACAAAGAAGGUGACGAGGUGGGGACAGGCAUAACUGACGACACGGAAGAUGAGAACUCCGCCAAUCAGAUUGCAGGGAAGAUACCCAACUUCUGCGUCCUGCUCCACGGCAGCCUGAAGGUGGAGGGCAUGGUGGCGGUCGUGCAGCUGGGGCCGGAGUGGCAUGGGAUGCUCUACUCCCAGGCCGACAGCAAGAAGAAGUCCAACCUCAUGAUGUCCCUGUUUGAGCCGGGCCCGGAGCCGCUCCCCUGGCUCGGGAAGAUGGCGCAGCUGGGUCCCAUUUCAGAUGCGAAAGAAAACCCUUACGGCGAAGAUGACAGUAAGAGCCCCUUCCCCCUGCAGCCCAAAAACAGACGCAGCUACUCCCAGAACGUGACUGUCUGGAUCAAGCCCAGUGGCCUGCAGACAGACGUGCAGAAGAUCUUAAGAAACGCGCGGAAACUACCUGAGAAGACGCAGACCUUUUAUAAGGAGCUGAACCGGCUGCGCAAGGCGGCCCUGGCCUUCGGCUUCCUAGAGCUGCUCAAGGGCGUGGCGGACAUGCUGGAGCGCGAGUGCACCCUGCUGCCCGACACCGCGCACCCCGACGCCGCCUUCCAGCUGACGCACGCGGCGCAGCAGCUCAAGCUGGCGGGCGCGGGGGGCGGCGAGUGCGCCGGCUACGACCACAGCAUCACCCCGCUACACACGGACUUCUCGGGGAGCGGCAGUGAGCGGCUGUGAGCCGCGGGCCCUGGGUGCUCGCGUGUCGGAGACACAGAAUGUUCCUGUCCUUGGUGUUGCUAGAAAAUAAAGGCCUUGUUUUCUCUA